AUGGACCCUCCAAGAACACUGGCACAAGGCUGUUUUGGGAAAGUGUACAAGAUGAAAUUCAGAGACACCUGGGCUGCAGUGAAGAAAGUGCCAGAUGGACAUAACACCAAGGAACAACUUCUCAGAGAGAUGCGAGUCUAUGAAAAAGCACGUCACAAAAAUUUGGUUAGGCUUCUUGAGUAUCCAUGGCUGGAAGGAGAAAAAUGGAUCAUUCCUAUGGAGUUCAUCUUUGGUGAAGAUCUGGAGACAGCCAUAUUUAACAGACCAAAAUCUCAAAUAAAGUUGAGCCCAGCAGUGGUGGCCACCAUAAUCAGUGGGAUGUGUGAAGGUUUGUUCCAUCUGCACAGCAAAAACAUCGUCCACCAGGAUCUCAAACCAGACAACAUCAUGAUUGAACAUGGAACACAUCGUGCUGUGAUCAUUGACAUGGGUCUUGCAAAAUUAUUUGUGAAUGGCUUAACUUCUGCCACAAACCUGGGCAAUGAGGCCUACGCUGCCCCUGAGAUUUGGCAAGGGCAUGUUCGAGACAAGCGCUCAGAUGUGUGGGCCAUGGGCAAAAUCAUUGAUGAAAUAUUUACAAGGAACAGGCGUGAACCAAAAUAUGUAAAUUCAUGCCAAGUGAGGCAGACACUUAAAGACAAUCCUUACAGUGAUGAUGUGUCCAGGAUGGUGAAGACUAACGCCACAGAGAGAGCCACCAUGGCUGAUGUGAUUGGUGAAAUCCGGCAAAUUGAGGCACAGCAGGUUGAUGGGGUACCAUAUACAGGUACUGACAAACACAGGUGCACUAAAGGAUCAGGGGCUGUUAAUCCUGAUGCAAAGCAAAAAACAACUCCAGGAGCUCAAACUUUAAUCCCAGCUGGGGCAAAUAUGUUUGCUCCUAUGUCUGCACUUUUUACCCUGCCUUCAGAUGUAGAGAUGACUCAACGUCGUUUUGAAAAUGGACAGUUUAUGUUCAAAGAAAUCGUUACAGUGAAUGCCUUUCUAAUAGACAAAUUGCACAUACCGUCUGUGACAACUCAGUUCUCCGGAAAAAGGAAAGAUAGGGUGGAGGCUCAAAAAUGCCAGAUGGACCCUCCAAGAACACUGGCACGAGGCUGUUUUGGGAAAGUGUACAAGAUGAAAUACAGAGGCACCUGGGCUGCAGUGAAGAAAGUGCCAGAUGGACACAUCACCAAGGAACAACUUUUCAGAGAGAUGCAAGUCUAUGAAAAAGCACGUCACAUCAAUUUGGUUAGGCUUCUUGAGUAUCCAUGGCUGGAAGGAGAAAAUUGGGUCAUUCCUAUGGAGUUCAUCCUUGGUGAAGAUCUGGAGACAGCCAUAUUGCACAGAUCAAAAUCUCAAAUAGAGUUGAGCCCAGCAGUGGUGGCCAACAUAAUCAGUGGGAUGUGUGAAGGUUUGUUCCAUCUGCACAGCAAAAACAUCGUCCACCAGGAUCUCAAACCAGACAACAUCAUGAUUGAAUAUGGAACACAUCGUGCUGUGAUCGUUGACAUGGGUCUUGCAAAGUUCUUCGUGAAGGGCAUUACCCCUGCUGAAAACCAGGGCAAUAAGCCCUAUGCUGCCCCUGAGGUCUUUCAAAGAGAUAAUCGAGACAAGCGCUCAGAUGUGUGGGCCAUGGGCAAAAUCAUUGCUGAAAUUUUUACAGGGUACAGGUGGGAUCCAAAUUAUGUAUGUUCAUCCCAAGUGAGGCAGGUUCUUAAAGACAAUCCCUACAGUGAUGUUGUGUCGAGGAUGGUGAAGACUAAAGCCACAGAGAGAGCCACCAUGGCUGAGGUGAUUGGCGAAAUCCGGCAAAUUGGGGCACAGCAAGGUAGACGUUAUUGA